CUUUGCGACGAGUCUCUUGGAGUCUAGUGUUAGUUUAUUAAUUUCAGACUAAGCAGGCCAUUAGCGGUCGCAGUGACGAAGGCGAGAAUGAUAUCACCGCGUCUCGCGACUUACACCAGCGGACUUCAUUCUCCCAGGCCCACGUGAAUUUCUAAGGUUAUUGCCAUGGCCCAUGUAGAGUAGGUAUGAUUGUUUAAGUUCUAGAAAGUCGUGAAAAAAAUAAAGAAUACUUUUUUUUUAAAUUACAGAAACAGAACUUUACGAGGAAAGUAGUGGUACCAAGGUAUGUAAGGCAAGCGUGUGUGAUAACGAUAGUUGAUUUUAUUAGUGGAUGAGUUGUGAGAGACGGAUUCAAGGACGCGCUGAGCCGUUUUCAGUUGAACGUCCUCUAAUCCAUUUGUUUAUCUCCCUGUAGCAGAUUUGUCACGAACGUGUCGCGUUUUGGAGUUGCAAAGCGCCAGAUAUAGCAACAAAAAAACGCACUUGUCGCCGAGACACAUCUACCGACUUGCGGAGCCUUGUCGUUAGGUUGUCACAGACCGUCCGGGGAAAAAGUCCAGGGCUUGUGAUUGGCAUUGCAAAGUAAACACCUAGGACUAUGACGACGAUACUCACCUCUACUCUUUCCCUACUCCCGGUCAUUCUCUUGACCGUUGUCUGCGCAGCUCACUCCAUGCACUCAAAGGCCAGAGGGCACGUGCGAGUCGCUGAUGAGCUUAGCAACAAUGCCAAACACAGCGCUGAGGGCACACGGACUUCUUCCUUCCAUCAGAGGACAGCCCACGAACACCCGAGGCGGCACCCUCGAGUUAAAGAGGAGAUCAAAGAGAAAUACUACCGUUACGAGCCGUCCACAGAAAGAGACAGCAAUAGCAAUAACAAAAUGACCAGUUCGGUUGGUUUAGAACUAGACGGGGGCGACCUUUUAUAUGCAACCCGUCCCACAAUGAAAAGCUUCCAAAAACACAAAGUUCAUAAACAGUCAUACUCAGAGAACUUGAGCCACAACUUUGGUUCCAAAAGCAAAAACCACGAUAUUGAAGAGAGCCCUGUGGAGACCAAUGUGACAGAAUCAGUGUCUGAACCUGCAGACUCUGCCAAUUCCACGGAGCCCCUCCCUGACCCCGAAAAUAGCCUUUUGUCUCAACUGGAGCAGGAUGAUAAAAAAUACACCAGUGGCAACGAGUCCCUGGGGAACCAUUCCAAAGCUAACAUGACUAAAAGUAUAAGUAAGGCCUCACAGUGUCCGAGCUGUGAGAUAAGAAAUGGCGACAAGAACUACCGCAUCGAGAGUCUCAAACAACAGAUUCUCAGCACGCUGCAAUUUAAAAAAUUGCCAAACACCACCGGAAUAUCUAUGCCCAAAGUGCCUGCGCUGGAGCACCUAUAUGGCAUGGACGCCGACAUGGUCAGUGACGCCCCCUACCGGAAAAGGACAAACGGGUACGCCGGUCAUUAUAGGGAGGAAGGAGAUGAGGACGACUUUAUCGUAAAGACGGAAAGAGUUUUUACAGCCGCCAGAAUAUCACCGAUGUCUCAAAGACUGAAUCUGACGGACUCCGUAUAUUUUUCGCCCCCAAUUCACUUAUACAUCUCAAAGAUCAAGACAGCGUACUUGUGGUUCUACAUCAGGCGGCAGGAUAUUCGUCGACCGUACAUUACUUUGACUGUGGAACGCAUCCUACCAGAGUCACUACCUGACAACAGAAUUGUGGCCAAGCCCAUUUUCUCACAAAAACUGUUCCGAGACAAAGCUUUCGGGUGGAAGAGGAUAGACAUGAGGGAUACCCUGUCUCGCUGGGUGAGGCAUCCUAUGUCCAACUAUGGUCUUCUUCUCCGGGCAGAAGAUGACCACGGCAACAACUUGGUAGUAUUGCCGCCUUCCCCGGACAUAGACAAAGGAUAUGAGCCCUGGCUUGACACGAAGAUUAUGGAGCCUCGUUCACACAGCAGACACCGACGCUCUGACUCUCUCGUCUGCAGCCGGAACUCCACAGAGUCCAGAUGCUGCCGCUUCCCGCUCUUUGUGGGCUUCGCCGAGUUCGGCUGGGAUUGGGUCAUAGCACCGACCCACGUCAAGGUAGAUUACUGCUCCGGGGAAUGUCGCAUGACCAUGCAAGGCACCUCCCUGAACAGCUGGGUCAACCAACAGGUUCCCGGGGUCGGGGACGCCUGCUGUGCCCCCUCCAAAAUGUCGCCCUUGCCGCUGUUGUAUUUUGACGAGGACAUGAACAUUUUGUACCAAAUUCUACAAAAUAUCAAAGUGGACAAGUGCGCUUGCGCUUAGCUGUAUGGCUUUUGGUGCUUCCACUCUGUCUCUGUCUCUCUUUCUCUCCUUCUCUACCCACUUCUCUCUCUUUCUCUCUCUC